AUGUGGCCUUUCCUCAGCCGUGCUCUCUUCCCACCUCCAACCGAGGCCUGGCUCCAAAGGGCUUCCUCAGACUCCGAGGCCCAGGGCUGGGGGGCCUGGAGCGGGACUGAGAGGACCUCUCUGGCGCCAGGGUGUGGGGACAGGAAGGAGGAGGAGGCCAGGGAAGCGGAAGACAAUGAGGAAGACGAGGAAGAUGCAAGCUUCCCUCUGUCUCUACUAGAGAGCGAGGACCUGGCUGAGCACCCAGUAGCUGACCAGGAGCUGGAGUCCAUCAAACUGAAGCUGUGGGCCAUGGAGCAGGCCCAGGGACCAGAGCCACCCAGGGCUCAGGCCCUGGCGGAAAAAGAGGAGAGCUCGGGGGCCAUGCUGGCCCAGCAGCUGCUGAGUCCAGAGACAGGCCGCCCCUACCCUGGGACCCCCGUGGAGAAGAUGGAAGUGGACCACAGAUCCAUCUAUGUGGGCAAUGUGGACUACGGGGGAACCGCCAAAGAGCUGGAGGCCUACUUCAACCACUGCGGGGAGGUCCAGCGGGUCACCAUCCUAUGUGACAAGUUCUCUGGACACCCCAAAGGCUAUGCCUACGUAGAGUUUGCCAGUGAGAGUUCAGUUCAAGCUGCUGUGGAGCUGGAUGAGAGCAUCUUCCGAGGCCGGGUCAUCAAGGUGCUGCCCAAGAGGACCAACUUACCAGGGAUCAGCUCCACAGACCGAGGGGGCCUGCGGAAACACCCAGGCACAAGGGGGGCACCCUUCCCCCGCAGCAGCCUCCAGGGUGGUGCUCACUUCAGACCACAAGGGCGGAACAGGGAGCGUGGAAGAGUCUCACUGUGGUAUUCACCGUACUGA